UUUUUAGAAUUUGAGAUGAUAUUGCUAGUCAUCGAAUGAACGUGGCAAACCAACAUCAGAUCACAAACAUAUCCAGUUCCCCUUGGUGACGAUGAUAUUUGUAUUCUGGAAAGUUUUUUUGCAUGUUUUGUUUUUAAAUUUCCCUGCAAUUUUCUUCAUCGAUGAUUCAUUAUUUUUUCAACAAUAAUAUUCAUAAUAACAUUCAUUCAAUAUUGAGCAUCCAAUCAUUACUCAAUUCAUAAAAAAUCAUUCCAGUGUCAUAUUUAACAAAUUAUCUUAUCAAUAAUGGACCCGAAUAAAUUUGAAUCCUGUGAUGAAUUUGUAUCAAAAUUGAGUAAACGAGAAUCAAAAGAAUUGUUACAAAAAUGGCGUGAAGAAAAUGCUCGUAAUUCGGAAUUAGUACGUCAAAUAUGGCUCACCAAAGAUCUUGGUUCAUAUCUCGGUGACGAAAAAUGGGUAGUCUUGGAACAAGUUUGUGUAGCCGCAAUGGAUCUUCAUGAUAAAACAUUGAUCGAAAGCUGUAUAACACAAUUAUUGAACAAAUUUCCUAAUAGUAGCCGAGUAAAACGACUUCGAAUGAUGGCUAAAUUGGAAUUGACACAACGUUAUGAUGAUGCUAUAGCCAAAUAUAAUGAGCUGAUUGCUAAUGAUGAAUCGAAUUCGUUGUUACAUAAACGUAAAAUUGCCAUUUUAAUCGCUACUAGGAAGAAUCAUCUUGCAAUUAAAGCAUCAUGUGAUUAUCUAAAAAAUUUUAUGAAUGAUCAUGAAGCAUGGAUUCAACUUUCAGAAUUCUAUAUUCAAGAACAAGAAUAUGCUAAAGCUGCUUUCUGUGUUGAAGAAUUGAUUCUAUCAAAUCCACAUAAUCAUUUGUAUCAUGAACGAUAUGCUGACAUUCAAUAUACAAUAGGAACAGGUGAUUCAUUGGAAUUGGCACGUUCAUAUUAUGCACAGGCAACAAAAUUAAAACCAUCAAGUCUUCACGCACUUUAUGGUUUGAUAUUAUCAUCAAAUGCAUUGGCAACAUCACCAAAAACGACAGCAUCUAAAAAGAAGGAAUACAUUCUACUAGCUCAAUGGGCUUCGAAUCAGAUUUCCAAUAUUUAUAAGAAAAAUUUAUCAUCAUCAAAUUCGAUUGAAAAAGCAAACGAACGUUUGAUCGAUAAUAUUGAUUCGGCAUUAGAAGCAUUGUCUAUUUCAAAUUAAUUUUAAUAUAAUUGUAAAUGAUUGAACACAUAAAAAUCAAUACCCAAGAGAUGUAUUAGUAUAUAUAAAAAAUAGUAGUAAUUAACACCAUGUUUGACCAACACACAAAUUGCAUUCAAAUUAUUAAAAUUAAAAUUAAAUGAAUAUAUGUCCACACAUGGCAACAACAAGACAUUUAUUUUCUCGUUGCAGAAAUGAUUAUAGUAUCCGGUUUAUAUUUCGAUUGUAUAUUAUCAUCAAGAAUAUCUGUAGGAAUUGUUUUAAUUAAACUUGGUGAUUCAUCUAAA